AUGGGCCUCUUCAAGUCCCUCAAGGGCAAAAUCGACGUCGGAACAGACGACCCUUCUGGAAGUGAUCAGCCGGGUCAUCAACCAAGAUGGAACCGAACGCAUGACCCAGAUGAAGAACAUUAUGCUCCUCCGCCAGGGCCACCUCCAUCACAACACAAAGGCGGACAGGGGACUGGGGAGAUCUUUGAGCCUCCUUCGGGUCCACCCCCGUCACACCGCGCCGCCUCUGCAAGCUUACACCAUGAAGAAUUCUCCCCUCCGCCGGGUCCACCCCCUUCACACCAACAGAACCCGGAGCUCGACAAUCCACCACCAUAUCAUGACUGGACCGUGAUUCCGGACACGUCACUUCUCCCACCACCUCCGCCGCUACCGCAGGACUACUCGCCGGCGAAUAACGCCUCAUACGACUCUGCGGCCCGGGGCCAUGAGUGGUGUGCAAAACACCCUGUGUAUACACCGAGCACGCCUAGCCACGAGAUCCACCUUCUGGCUAAUGCAGGGCACAUCACUCUUGAACCUCCGCCAUUGCAGUUGAGGAAGCAUGUAACGACGUUCCGGCAGACAAGUCCAACGACAUGGAAGGUGGUGACGGGCAAACACCAGCAGGACGCCAUCUUCCUGGCAUCGAUUCCAUUGUACUUUGCCUGCAUGGACAACCCGCUACUUACAUCGCAGUCCAAGACGAUUUACUUUGAAAUCGCCAUCCGCCGUAUCGUCAAUGAAAACUCGGGUAUUGCCAUAGGGUUCGCUGCCAAACCCUAUCCACCAUGGCGUUUGCCUGGAUGGCACCGCGCAAGCAUCGGCGUACAUGGAGAUGACGGGCGAAGAUUCGUGAACGACUCGUGGGGCGGGCGGGAUUUUGUCCAAGCAUUCAAGGAGGGUGAAGUCGUGGGCGUGGGCAUGCAUUUCUCCACACAAGCUGCCGUGGAUAGCCACGCAAGGGGAACGAGGACGGCCAAGGUCAAGACGCGAGCCUUUGUCACCAGAGACGGCAAGGCCGACGAGCGGUGGGGCUGGGAUAUCGACGAAGAACGCGACGAGCGUGAUGAAGGCGUCGACGGCCUGAUGGGUGAAGGCGACCUAUACCCCGCCAUCGGUGUGUUUGGUGCGGUCGAGUUUGAGGUCAGAUUUGGGGACAGCGUGACUUGGAGGGAGAGAUAA